AUGUGGCCCGGCCGACUGGCCUGGCUGGCGCUGAAUGCUUCCGACCAGUGGACGAGCCUGUUCAACGGGAGCUACUUCCGGAGGCUCGACUGCGAGGAUGAUCGGCGUUGGUCAUCCUUCCGUCGUCAGUUGGAGACGCUCCUGGCGAAGGGACGCUUGGUCGGUGAGGAUGUGGCCUUGCAAGCAACUGCUGAAGAGCUCUUGACCCCUUGGGACGAGAAGCCCAGAGACGUCUUCCAAGCCGCCACCGAAGCCUUCCGCGCUCGGCUGCUGGCUGCGACUGCCCCGUCCGCACCACGAACGACGAGCAGAAUGGGCCUGUGCUUUCCAGGUUACCAAGCCGCCUGCUGGGUUCGCAUCCUUGGUCUCCACACCACGCUGGCGCAGGGCGCGCGGGAGGAUGCGCAGGAGCUGGAGAUCAUGAUAGAGACCAAUGCGCAACACUGCUCCAGCAUCUUUGGAAAGGAGGCCUCGCUGGAGUACUUGAGCUCGACGAGUUGGCCCGUGAGGCUGUUGGAUUUGGAGCUCUUCAUGCGAAGCUGCCCUGAUGCCGCGUUUGGCAUGCGACGGAUGCGGACGCUGCCGGUUGAGAUCCAAACCUUUGAGCACUUCCGCCAGCUCCUUCGUCGCCCAGCCGUGGAGUCCAGUGCUCCGCGGAGGUUCACACCGAGCUCCGGAGAUGGAGGCCUCGCUCCGUGGUCCCCGACGCUGCGGGUGACCUCCGUCUUCGGUGGUCAUUGCUCUUUGUGGCUGGAGACAUUGUACACCCUUUGGAGCCUCUUCGCAGACUUGAUCGAUCCGUUCCUGGUCACCUACAACCACGAGGAUGGUUGCCUCGAGCGCUUCGGCUUGCGCGACGUCCUCCCACAUGCGCCUGUCCUGGGUGACGAAGAGCAAGGCUCCCGAGGAUCUGUCGACCAAAUGUUGCGCUCCUCUGAUCUUCUGGUUUGCAUGUGGGUCUCGGAAUGUUCACGACUUCGAGCUCACUAUUCCAAGCCAGUGAUUUUCUACAGCGGCUUCUUGCUGCUGAAUGAUCAGUCAUUUCAUCCAGGUCACGCUUGGUCCGAAGCGUUGUUCCACUUUUGGCAACGCCUUUCCGACCUCUUCGCCUGUGACGUACUGGCCGCGAAGGACGGCACCCCAGUGGUGGGCCCGCCGUGCUUGGUGCUCUUUGAGGAGCGGCCCUUGGCAGAGGUCGCCUACUGGCAGACCGGGCAGCGAAAGCCAGUGGUUCGGCCAUUGUCCCUCUACGUGCGGUGCCUCCAUGACCCCGAGAAUGCCAAGCAGGAGGUUCUCAUCAUCCACCGUGGCCGCCUGACCUCCGACGGAACGGAAGCCAAGGCACUGAAUGCCAUGAAGCAUGCGUUCUACCCAUACAGCUUCGUGGAUCAAGAAGAUGGGAUGCCCUUUGCUUCCAUGGCGGAAUUCCGAUCUGUGGUGCUCCUACCAUGGGACUUGAAUCUGGUGAUGUUUCUUGGCCAGUUUCUGCGCUGCUUGGAUGUUCAAAGACUGAAAAGCAAUGCAGAGCAUGCCAAGGCCGAGGCUGAGUCGCCGAGUCGCGUGAGCAUCAACGUGCUGCUGCCCAGCGGGCGCUCGGAAACCGUCACCUUGCCAUCGACAUCGAAGCUCUUGGAGCUAAAGCUGGCGGCGCAGAAGGCACUUCAACAAGGCUUUUUGCGGUUGCUCUCGCGCGAUGGCCACUUUCUGGACCUCACCGAGUCCUUGGAAAGUGCUGGACUGCAAGAUGGAGAUGACGUGAGUGCUAUCGCAUCCAUCGCCCACGUGGCACGGACUCCGUGGGCCUUCGCGCUGUGGUGCCGUGGUGGCCAAGUCGUGACGUGGGGCGAUGCACUUCACGGCGGUGACAGCGAGGCGGUUCAGAGAGACCUCAGAGAUGUCAUCGACAUCCAAGCCACCAAUGCGGCUUUCGCUGCCACGUUGGCCAAUGGACGUGUCGUGACCUGGGGCGACAGAGGUUUCGGUGGUGACUGCCACCACCUGCAGGAGGAACUCCAAAACGUUCAGCAGAUUGCUGCGGCGCACAAUGGGGCUUUCGCUGCCCUGCUGGGUGGACGAGUGGUGGCAUGGGGUCAUGCACAGGAAGGCGAGAGAGGGUUUUGGAGCAAGAUAUACCCGGAUAAUAGGCACCUGCAGAGGAUUUGGCACAUAUUUGAAGCUGACCAGUGUGAGGUUUAA